AUGAAAGCCGUGGUGAGAAGCGUGGCUGUUGCGCCCAUCAGGGGCUACCUGCAUGGCUUUGGUAUCCCUGACCCCGAAGGGCUCUGUCAAGUUGUCGAAAAGGACUUUGAACGGCAGGAAUUCUUUGAAGACGAGGGCUGGGGCUUAACGGUGGAUAUUAACAUCGGUGUUAUCGACUGGGAGUUCGCUGCUUUGGGAAGAGGAGCAAAUGGGAACAUGGCGCAGCUGCUGGCCCACUUGCACCUCUACCUGAUUGCUUGGAAAUUCUCUACGGGUCAAAAAGCUCGUGUUCCCGCGGGCAUUGAGCGUCUGAUGGAGACGCUUUGUCUUGAAUAUUACCACUACAACAGCCGGAAGGCCAGCCUCGACUACGGAAAGGAGGAGCUAGACAACGUGGAUCACCCCGGGAGAGGCGAUUCUAGGGAAAUACCGGUUUGGCAGCAGGUAUUCAGAUCGGCUCUGAUUCUUCAUGGGCGCGAGAUGAUUAAUAAUGCCGUUGAGACUGGUUGGGGCGAAUUCUACGAGGACGGGAGCAAAGAGGGUGAAAAGCGAUUGGUCCAGCGCAUGAUAGGCACCGGCGUCCGGUGUAUUCAGCUUGCCGGGGCGUCGAUUAAUGGCUUUAUCCAAAAGGAGCAUUUCGAGGAUGUGUGCCGGAGCAGGGAGGCCGCGGUGAUAUCUGCAUUGGUUCUGAAGCGGGAUAGAUUAUUCACGAAGGAUGAUGGGGCCUGA